ACCUUGCGCGUCGCCACGGGAGCGCUCCUGAGCACCACGCGCGCUCAGGACAGUUCACAGAUUUGCAAGGAGUCCAUAUCUUCGUUUAUCUGUGCCACCACGAGUGCGAAGUUACCGCCACUGUAGUUGAAAAUCGUUUGCUAAAUGCACUUUAUUUUUUAUCAUAGGGGAUUUUAGAAAUUAACAGAGGACUAUUUUAUUGGUUUCCCUGAAACGUCGCGACACAGGCAAGUGGAAACUCCUUAUACCGAUAAAGUAUGUAUAUUGGAGACGUGUGAACUAUUUUACAUUUAUAUUAUUUUUCAGCUAACAAUUUUCUGAAAGAAACUGGACUGUCGAAAGAUUUGUAGAGGACUCGAUCGAGUAGGCAAUUAUCCGUUAUGGGUGCGUGACGUUGAUCGCAGUGCGGUGAUAUACAAGGAACACUCGGGCAAAACUGUAGCCUAAAAGCCAAUCUCAGGCUGUUGGAUGUGGUCUGUACAGGGCAGGGGUGAGGACUUGGACCUCAACUAUGAAAUGAAUCAGUCGUCCAACGUCUUCAUUUUUUUUUUUCCAAAGACACAUCUAGUCAUGGGGUGAAGAGAAUGAGCAGGAGCGACAGACAACGUUUAGUGAUCAUUAAUACUUUAGGAAAGAAUCAAUGUAUUUGACCCACAACACUUGGCUGUUGAGAUCAUAACACAUCUCGACUGAAGUUAUCAAGGAGAACACGGGUUUAUGACAAGUGCCACUGGUGUGUAUUCUCUUUAUUUGACUGAUCUUUUAUUACACAGUAACCCCCUAUGUUUGCCUCUCUAUAAGAGAGAAUAAUAUUGAAUUGUCAAGAUAAAUAAGGUGCAUUUAUUGUUUCAGAUUUCAACUAUACCUCUAUGUCUAUUGUUUCUCUGCCUUGAUCCAUCUCUCUUUUAUUGUUUGAUUUUGGUUGAUCAUUUGGAAUAAUGACACCUGACGCCCAAAGCCCUGGAUUUCAAUCCUCCACCAUCCAUCAAGAUGCUGAAUUUAAAGACACUAAGUAUUCAGCUAUCCCCACUCAGUUGUACCCCUUACUUGUUUUUCAACUUUGCACCGUUGUCUUGGUUUAGCCAUCCCUUAUGGACCUAGAACAAUUGCAGCCAACUUCAUCUUGCAUUGUGAUAUUUGAUAUGUAAUAAUUAGAGAAACUGUCGACACACUCUGUUGUGUCCCUUGACCUCUCUGAAUCUCUGAAAGGCUUUUUGUGUAAAGUAGAAAGGGACAAAAACAAUCUCCAAGUUCAUCUUCCUCCAGCCCCCCUGUCCGUCCUCCCCUCUCCCCCCCACUCAUCAGGGCUGGUGGGGGGGUGGGAUCUGGAGCUCCAGGGUCGUAACGGCGGAGGUGGUGGUACCCUGGAGCCUCCCUGGAGCAAGGCCUCCCACCAUGGAGACCAGCCCAGAGAGCCCCAACCGUGCCGUGGAGUACCUCCUAGAGCUCAACAACAUAAUUGAGAGCCAGGCCAAGCUCCUGGAGACACAGCGACGGCGCAUCGAGGAGCUGGAAGGCCAGCUGGACCGAGUCAGCCAGGAGAACCAGGACCUGAGGCUGGAAAGACCCACUCCUCCACGAAUCCCGGGGCUCCCCGAACAGAACCAUAGCAACACCAACCACAGAGCUGAGAAGCCCCUCUCCCUGCCCAUCCACCCUGGCAGCAGUAGUGGAGGUAAUGGCAGCACCACCAGCCCUGUUGCCGCCCCGUCCCCCGCGGUUGUGGUGCCCCCUGCAGGGCCGAGCCGGGAGAGACAUACCCACACCAGGCUGACCCGGGGCAUGUCCUGUGGCUCGAACCCAGCCGAGAGGGAGCAGCGGGAGAGACUGGAACACACAGACAGCUCCGAUACCAACAGCUCCACCAUCCGCAGAAAUGUCAGGCAGUCACCAUCUUACUCAAGCUAUCCAAUCUCUGCUCCCACAACCCCCACUGCAGCCAGCCCCUAUGCCACCCUCCUCCCCACCAGUCUGACUGUUAACAGCUUCUUCAGCCUCCAUCAGUACUGCUGCCCCUCGUCUGCCAAACACUCGCAGCAGGCAAGUGUGGAAGCAGAAACCCGAUGUGUGGAGCCGCCAGGGCCCCACAUAGACGGCCCUUACAGCCAGACCACAGCGUACCUGCGUGGCACCGAGCGCUACAGUGACAACAGCAGGUGUCCUGGUCCUCCAGGCCCCCGGGGGCUUCCGUGUGUGGCGCCUCCCAGCUCGGCCAGCCUUGCCUGGGCACUGCGAACACGUCAUCAGCCUGCCAGUCUGGCCCUCCGCAAGCAAGAGGAGGAGGAGAACAAGAGGUGCAAGGCCAGUCUCUCUGACAGCUAUGAGCUCUCCACAGACCUACAGGACAAGAAGGUGGAGAUGUUGGAGAGAAAGUACGGUGGCUCCUUCGUGAGCCGCAGAGCAGCCCGGACCAUCCAGACGGCCUUCCGCCAGUACCGUAUGAACAAGAACUUUGAGCGCCUCCGCAACUCGGCGUCCGAGAGCCGCAUGACGCGACGCAUCAUUCUGUCCAACAUGCGGCUGCAGUACUCAUUUGACGACCGCCAGACGCAGCAGCAGGGGGCCGGAACACAGACAAACUUCACACACAGUGUGGGUAUCGGCCCUCCUCAUUCACCUGACACAGAGCGUACAGGAGACUACACACACCUAGAAGACUCCUUCUCCAAACAGGUAAAGUCCCUGGCUGACUCCAUAGAUGACGCCCUGACCUGCCGUGGAGGGCGGGAUGACUCCCAAGAGGGUAGCAGGGAGGGUGGAGGCAUCAGUGAUGACUUUGGGGAGUGUGUGUGGAGCAGCAGCAGUAACCCCUCAUCCCGCAGAGGCCUGGGUGAGAGAUCCCGAGGAGGUGGAGGAGGCCUCAGCAUGCACGGAGACAGCACAGCCACCUCCUACAGUGAUGUCACUCUAUAUAUGGAUGACUGCAUGCCCUCCUCGCCCCUGUCUCUGGACCGGGCCCCCAGCAGCACAGACACAGAGUACUGGGGCCCCAGGGGAGGCGUGGGGGGCCGUGAGGACAGCAGGGAUACUGAGGGAGGGGGUAGUAGUAACAGCCGUCGCAGCACCCCCUGCACGGAGUGUCGAGACUACCGUCUAAGGGGCGCCCACCUGCCGCUGCUCACCAUCGAGCCCCCCAGCGACAGCUCCGUGGACACUAGCGACCGUUCAGACCGUGGCUCCCUCAGCAGACAGAUCUAUGAGCAGGAGCCAGCAGGAGGAGCAGGCUCUCCUCAGGGAACCCUGAAACACUCCCCUAACACACCCCGCCCUGUCUCCACAGCAGCAGCGCAGGGCCAGACCCGGGCCCCUGACCGUGGCCCCCCCCUGCCCACUCACAUCCCCCAUCACGUGGCACACCACCAUCACCACCACCCUCACCACCACCAGUACCCAGAUACCCCCUCGUCCUCGUCCUCCCCCCAGCAGCCCCCCACCACCCCCCUGUCCUCCUCCUCCUCUGCUGCGCUGCCCCCUGGUGGCCUAGAGCAGCCCUGUCUGUCUGACGGGGACAACGACUCUCUCAACUCCACCACCAACUCCAACGAGACGGUGAACUGCAGCUCUGGCUCCUCGUCUCAGGACAGCCUGAGGGAGCCCCUACCCCCUCUGGGCAAGCAGACCUACCAGAGAGAGAGUAGACACAGCUGGGACUCACCGCCAUUCAACAACGACGUAGUGCAAAGACGCCAGUACCGCAUCGGACUCAACCUAUUCAACAAGAAGCCAGAGAAAGGGAUCCAGUACCUGAUCGAGAGAGGCUUUGUGUCCGACACUCCGGUUGGGAUCGCUCGCUUCAUCCUGGAGAGGAAGGGCCUGAGCAGACAGAUGAUUGGAGAAUUCCUUGGUAACCGGCAAAAACAGUUCAACAAGGACGUACUGGAUUGUGUGGUGGACGAGAUGGAUUUCUCUGGGAUGGAUCUGGACGAUGCUCUGAGGAAGUUCCAGGCCCAGAUCAGAGUUCAAGGAGAAGCCCAGAAAGUAGAGAGGCUCAUAGAGGCUUUCAGUCAGCGGUACUGUGUGUGUAACCCAACGCUGGUCCGCCAGUUCCAGAACCCAGACACAAUCUUCAUCCUGGCCUUCGCCAUCAUCCUCCUCAACACAGAUAUGUACAGCCCCAACGUUAAGGCAGAGAGGAAGAUGAAGAUAGAGGACUUCAUCAAGAACCUCAGAGGAGUGGACAAUGGCCAGGACAUUCCCAGGGAUCUGUUGGUUGGGAUCUACCAGCGUAUCCAGAAGUGGGAGCUAAGGACCAAUGAUGACCACGUGUCCCAAGUGCAGGCAGUGGAGAGAGUCAUAGUAGGCAAAAAGCCUGUGAUGUCUCUGCCACACCGCAGGCUGGUAUGCUGCUGUCAGCUCUAUGAGGUGCCUGACCCCAACCGACCCCAGAGGACAGGAGUUCACCAACGGGAGGUCUUCUUGUUCAAUGACCUGCUGGUGGUGACUAAGAUUUUCCAGAAGAAGAAGACUUCUGUGACGUACAGUUUCAGACAGUCCUUCCCUCUAGUGGAGAUGCAAGUCCACAUGUUCCAGAACUCCUACUACCUCCACGGUAUCCGUCUGACCUCAGCAGUGUUGGGUGGGGACAGUAAGGUCCUUAUCGUGUUCAUGGCUCCCAGUCAGCAGGACCGCACCCGCUUUGUCAGUGACCUGAGAGAGAGUAUAGCUGAGGUGCAGGAGAUGGAGAAGUACAGAGUAGAGUCUGAGUUGGAGAAGCAGAAAGGGGUGAUGAGGACUGGCCUGCUGACCGGCUUGGUCGGAGGUGGAGUGGGGGUGAAGGGUGAAGUGGUGAACGGCACCCUGGGAAGGCCCAGUCUAGAUGACAACUACUCUGCGGGAGAGGGACUGAAACGCUCCGCGCUCAGCUCAUCUCUCAGAGACCUAUCAGACGGAGGGAAACGUGGUCGCAGUAACAGUGUUGGCUCCCUCGACAGUACCAUGGAAGGUUCCAUCAUUAGCAGCCCCCGACCCCACCAGUGUUACCCGGUUCCGGGCGUGAUCCCAGGCUGCUACCCUACAGAAGACUACCGGCCGCAUCGCCCCAUCCUGAGCCCCGGAACAGGGGUGGGGGGUGGGCCGGGGCAACAACAGACCACUGCUGGGAUGGGAGUUGGGGGGGUUCCCAGCAGUGUAGAGAGAGCAGGGGUGGGGAGCGGCCCUGGGGGGGGCAAUACGGGCUCCUUCCUGGGCUCUCUAUUCGGCAGCAAACGCGCCAAACCGCCAAGUCCCCUUAUACCACCGGGGCCACCCUACCCCGCCCCUGUCCCCCCACCCACUACGGGAGGGCCCCCUCCUCACUCCCCAUCAUCUCUGUGCCAGUCAGAGGGGGGCCCUUCCAAGAUCCAGGCCCUGCAUGCUCAGUACUGCCACACGGCCGUCGUGCAGCCCCCUCCCCCCUACUACCAUCACCAUCGCUACCACGUCCAAGCUGGCCCUCCUCUCUUGCCAGGCGGGGGCGUGCCCCCUCAUAUCCUUCAGAGAGGGCCGCUCCCCUGUCGCCCUCCUUUUGGCCCCCCUCACGCCCAGCUCCAGCAGCUGGCCCAUCUCUCCCAGUUUUCCCAGCAUGGCAUGCAGGGUCGCUACGGCAACAUAGCAGUGGGCUGUCCUCCCCCCCUUUCUCCUCACUCCCAACAUUCCCAGAACGCCCAGUUCGCCCUGUACCACACUCAGACCCCACAGUCUAUCAGGGGGUGCGCUGUGCCAAGCAAACCUCCUCUGACUUUGUCUCACUCCCACCCGCACCCCCACGCACACUCCCACACCCACCCCGGGCACCCACUCAGUGCCGCGCCACACCCCACCGCCCACCCACAUCAGUCUCACUUCAUUUUUGGCACGCUGCCCCACCAACAUCAGCACCAGCAGCCGCCCGCCUCCGUCAACGCCCAUCACGCUACGUCCGCCGCCCAGUAUCAGCCCCAGUACCCUCCUCUCUCUUCCAUCCCCCCUCCCCCCCCCCACUCCCCUUUACCCCCCCCUUCUAUCCCCCUUACCCCUCUUACGCCUCUCUGCCCUCACCCCCCCCAGCACCCCGGGCAGCCUCAGCAGGGGCCCCAGGUGACGGGGGCUGGGGCGACUGGCACAGGGGUCAGCUCCAAAUCCAAACCUAUCAACCGGAUCAGCACAGUAGUGUGAGGAACAGAACGUGGGGGCACAGAGGGCAGAGGUCAGAGGGCACGAUGGAGGAAGUGGGCAGAGCUAGGGCCAGGGAUAGAGCCAGGGCUAGUAGAGGUGAGCAGGACAGCAGCAGCAGUAACAACAGCGCCAGUGACAAAAAGAAACGCAACUUAUUUCGCCUCUGCUACUUUCAUCUCCGCUUCCCACACAUGUAGACAGAGAGACCAGAAGAGAGAGUUGGAGCUGGAUAGCAUGCAUAUACCUGAACAUACAAACAUACCUUCACACAUACAGUACAGGACACACAAGCACACACAGGCAGAAUUAACACACAUAAAGAAAGAAACGCCCACAUGUAUGCACACAAAUAUGUUUGUGUAUAGUAUAGGCAAAGGCUAGCACAAUCAUGCAUAUAACACAUACACUCAGUGGUCAGUUUAUUAGGUACACCCAGCUUUUCCCGCUCAGCCCAGUCAAAACUGUUCGCUGCUCUGGCACCCCAAUGGUGGAACAAACUCCCUCACGACGCCAGGUCAGCGGAGUCAAUCACCACCUUCCGGAGACACCUGAAACCCCACCUCUUUAAGGAAUACCUAGGAUAGGAUAAAGUAAUCCUUCUAACCCCCCCCCCCCCCCCCCCCCCCCCUUAAAAGAUUUAGAUGCACUAUUGUAAAGUGGCUGUUCCACUGGAUAUAAGGUGAAUGCACCAAUUUGUAAGUCGCUCUGGAUAAGAGCGUCUGCUAAAUGACCUAAAUGUAAUGUAAAUGUUGUACCGGGUCGGACCCCACUUUGCCUCCAGAACAGCCUCAAUUAUUCAGGGCAUGGAUUCUACAAGGUGUCGGAAAUGUUCCACAGGGAACAUUUGGCAUCACGCAGUUGCUGCAGAUUGGAUGGCGGUACAUUGGGUUUGGUCAGCAACAAUGUUCAGAUACACUGUGGCGUUCAGUCGUUGCUCAAUUAGUAUCAAGGGACCUAACGUGUGCCAGGAAAACAUUCUCCACAACAGUGCACCACUGCCACCAGCCUGUACCGUUGACACCAGGCAGGAUGGAUCCAUAGGCUCAUGCUGCUUAUGCUAAAUCCUGACUCUGCCAUCAACAUGACGCAACAGGAAUUGGGAUUCGUCAGACCAGGUGUUGUUUUUCCACUCCUCAAUUGUCCAGUGUUGGUGAUCGCUUGCCCACUGUAGCCGGUUCUUCUUGUUUUUAGCUGAUAGGAGUGGAACCUGGUGUGGUUGUCUGCGGCAGUAGCCCAUCCGUGACAAGGAUCGACGAGUUGUGUAUUCCGAGAUGCCGUUCUACACACUACUGUUGUACAGCGCCGUUAUUUGUCUGUCUGUUAGCUUGCCAUUCUCCUUCGACCUCUCUCAUCAACAAGCUUUCGCCCAACAAGUUUUCGCCCAGAGGACUGCCGCUAACUGGAUGUUUUCGCACCAUUCUCUGUAAAACCUAGACACUGUAGUGCAUGAAAAGCCCACGAUGGCGCUCGUUUCUGAGACAAUGGAUCCGACGUGCCGAUCAUACCACGCUCAAAGUCACUUAGAUCACUCGUUUUGCCCAUUCUGUUCAAUCGAACAGUAACCAAAUGCCUGUCUGCCUACUUUAUAGAGCAAACCAAAGCCACGUGAGUCGCUCUCUGUAGAAACAAUCCAUUUUUGUGAACGGGUGGUGUACCUAAUAAACGGUCCACUGAGUGUAUACUGCAGUUGUAUAGAGUUUCCGUUGCAGUUUCUCAGGUGUAUUCUAUAAGCUCUCAGCACACAAACUCAUAAGGGAGAGUCACAGGUAGGAGCAAUGAGGUAGAUUUUUGAAGUUGGCAGCAGGCAGGAAAAAGCCUCACACACACACACACACACACAAUUAACCAUUUCUAUAGCCAUAGAACAGAUGCUAGUAGUAAAUGUACAGUAGAGGGCCUGUAACCCAGUGUUUCACUGUCUGAAGCAUUAUUGGAAACUCUGGACACUGCCAAGACAUGAGCCUGAAACUGUUUUAAACACAGGUACCAACAUGUAAUUGUGCAACGUUAUUAAUUGGACAAAUCUAGUCUCUCGUAAUGAAGGAAGCAACCAAGAUUUGGUUUUCUGUCGUCGAGAUUAGGAUAAUGCUGACCAAUUGAAAGACCAACCCCACCCACCUGGAGCUGAAAAAGUCUUCAACACUAAAUACAUUCCAGCAGGGUUGUGCAUUGUAAACAGCCAUUGAGGAUAGUUGCAAAAAAUGUCACUUGACUUUGCAAUAAUUUAUUCAGCUUAAUGUCUUUGUUAAUUUCCAUGGUCUUCAUCACUGAAAGGUAUCCUUUUUGAAUGUAGACCUCAGAGAAAUGUUGCUUUGUCUUAAACUUUUAUGACUAUUGCACGGUUCAAUAGCAGUCUUAGGCUCUAUGGUCUUCUACAUGUUAAAAGAAGUCAUCUGAUUUCAUAAGAUUUACAUGCAUUCCCUAUGGGGUGUGUGGAUUAAUGAUGCUACAAAUCAUAUUUUUGAAUGUUUUUAAGCUUUUUUUUGCUGUUGAAUAAAUGUUACAUAUAUACUUGCUAUGAGUAUGAUGAAUAUUGUCUAAUAACAUAACUGUUUUGAUCCAGUGAUGAAUUAUAUAUAAAUAAUUGAUUGAUUGAUUAGAUGUUUGAUUAUAAAUUAUUAUACAGAGGAUAUAUAUACAUGUAUUAAUUCCCUCAUACUUUUGAUAUGUAACGAGGGUGUUCUUUUUGUUCUCUAUGAUGAUUGCCAUCGAUAACUUCUAUUAUCAGUUAUUAUUAUUGAUCGUUGAAAGUAUUAGUUCAUAUUUAUGACUAUUUUUGUUAUAAUAUAGUUGUGUAUCCUCUCUAUCUCCCUCCCUUUUUUCUGAACUUGCAGUGGCACAGUGUCUAAAAAUGGGGUCAUUGGAGUAUAAAUUCACCUUAACAGAUAGGGGACCAUUUUAAAUUAUGUUUAUGUAGUCUUAUGUGUUUUGAAUCAACUCUUUCCAGACCCCUUCGAAAUAUCCUCUUAAGGGCUUUGACCUUUGACCUGGUCAUGUACAAUGACCCUCAUUUAAUUGGUGACCCUGACAUUUAUGUUCUCUCUAUUAUCAGGAGACUCGCUUACAAGCAUCAGGUCUUGUUGAGAGUUUCUCACAUGGCAUGUGUUUGGACAGUUUAUGUCUUUGAACAAGCACGCUUUGUAAUGCAGUUUUGUGAUUUUGAACACGUGGUGUCUUAAAGUCAGAAAUGGCAUUAUUUUAAAAACACUACUCCCAUACCCCCUUCCCAGUCCUCAGAGAACUCACCACCACCCAAAUAGCCUUCACCCCAGCAACCUUACUGAAUGUGCUUGUCAUUAGAUCAAACAAGUUUGCUCAUCUUCUCCUCUAUCAUCUCUGUCGACCCCCUUUUUAACCUCCUCUCUCUGUACUUCUAUUGCACUGUGUUAGAACAAUGCUAGGUUGAAGAAGGGACAAAAGGAAAUAAUUACAUUUUAGGAUGAUAAGAUGUAGUUAGAAAUGUUAGAAUAUACUUGUUAAAACUAAGAGACAGAUUAACUUUAAAAUCCAGAAUAAGAGUAUGUGUGGUCAGGGAAAAAUAAGAGGUUUUAGGGGUGGUUAAUGUUGAAGCUUUGUGUUGGCUAUUUCCUGUCUAAUUUCCUCUGUAUUGUACCUUUGUGACCCCUCUUGCAUGAAUAUAUCUGCACUUAUUAAAUGGAUUGUACUGUAUAAACAUGAAUGUACAUAUUAUAGUACAAAUACUUAAUAACUUUGGAAAUAAAUAUUUCCAUUUUGUUGUUAAGGUGUGUGCGUGCGUGUGCGUGUGUGAGCGUGCAUGCCUGCGUGUGUGAGAAAGAAAGAGGAGCAGGGGGACUUUGGUCUGAUUGAAUAUUGAAUUAUUUUUUAUUUUAGACUGAAGGUUAGAUAAUAAAUUGAAGAACUGAAAUGUUUGUAUGUCAGAGCACUAAUUGAUAUUAUUUUAAACAUACAACAAGUAUGAUCCUAAGAAUUUAAUUUGUGUAUGUAGUAAGUGUAAACUGAAAGAAUAGAGAAUUGAGAUGUGAAUAUUUAUUGCUUCUGACAUAUUAAAAAGUGUCCUUGCAGUGAA